UAAGAAAAAAUGUUAUCCUAUAGUAUACUAAAGCGACUUAAUAAAGAAAUUAAGCUAUUGGUUAGAUAUAAAAAUCCACCGGACCAUUGGUCUGUAUUAAGGAAGAAAAUACACCCAGUAGAUAAAGCACUCAACCAUUUUGAUGACUUCUAUAAACAAGUGUUUGAUAAACAAUGGUUAACAAUAAGAAAGGGUUUAUUGGGCACUCAAAAAUACGUAGCUAUAAUAAAUAAUUACGGCGAUAGCGAAGAAGCCAUGAGAAAAUUAGAACUUGGGGGUGCUAUAAACAUGAGAACUUUAUUUAACCUAGAAAAAGGUUAUAUUCAAGAAAAGUUAGAGAAGAGGAUGCAAAAGUCAAGAUUACAACAAAUAUUUGAUGUGGAUGAAAUGAUUGAGAAAGUAGUAGAAAACAAUACCAAAAAUGAAAUAACAAAUGCAGAAGUUCAUAAAAAACAAUUUUCUUUAGACAGUAGUUUGCAAAAUGCAGAGUAUGACACACGGCGUCUAGUAGAUUCAAAAAAUGCACUUUCUGCUGAAAUUCUGUAUGAAUUUGUACCUGCAACUAAAAUAAAGGGAAAAGAGGAUUUUAUACCUGAGUCAAGUCAUUACAAACUAUACGACAAUGAAUCACAAUUUGCUGUCAGCAUAGAAAAAGAAUAUGAUGUACAUUUUCCCGAGUUUUUAAAUAUAUAUUGCUACGAAGCUGAAAGCAAAAAUGAUUUUGAAUCCCCCAAAAAAGGCAGCACCGGUGUGUUAAACUAUUAUCUAAUGGAUGGAGGUUCUGUUCUACCAGUUUUGGCCCUGGAUCUUGAGCCUGGAAGUAAAAUGCUGGAUAUGUGUGCAGCUCCAGGCGGCAAAAGCUUAUUGGCUCUUCAAACCCUUUACCCUGAUUGUAUCGUUUCAAAUGAUAUAUCAUAUUCACGGCUAAAUAGAAUUGAAAAUGUAUACAAACAGUUUUUAUAUGAUUUUAAGGAAAAGUGGUUAAGUACUGAGCAUAUAAAAUUAACUAAUCGUGAUGGCCGGAUAAUUGUAGAGGAUAAUUUUGAUAGAAUUUUGGUUGAUGUUCCAUGUACGACGGAUAGACAUUCAUUACAUGAAAAUGAUAAUAAUAUUUUUAAACCGUCAAGAAUUAAAGAGCGGUUACAGAUACCGGAACUUCAGCGGCAACUAUUAUUUAAUGCUUUAAAAUUGGUUAAGAAAGGUGGUAUAGUUGUCUACUCAACAUGUUCACUGAGUCCAAUUCAGAAUGAUGGAGUUGUACACAUGGCAUUAAAACAGAUCUGGGAGGAGACUAACAUGGAAAUUGUUGUCAAGGAUUUAACACCAGCACUCCAACAGACGACAAAUGUCUUUAAAAUGGCUGAUAAGAAACUUUUGAAAUAUGGACAUUUAGUGUUGCCUAAUUUAGCUCAGAAUUAUGGUCCAACGUAUUUUUGUAAAUUGCAAAAAAUAAAGUAAUUUUACAAGUUUUAUACACUAAGAACAAUAAAAUGUAAAUAUGUA